CUCUGCCUUCGCCCAUCCCCUCUGUCCGUCCCUCUCUGAUGAUGUGGGGUUUCUUUUGUCUCGCAUCUCUGACCUCAGCAGGUUUGUUUCUCUCUCCAUAAUCCCUCUCCCAUGGGCGCCAGAGUAUAAAAGAGAGGGGCGCACUCCGAGCCGCACACACUUUGAGUGAGGCUCGUCGUAGGCAUCGCACACACAGACAGAUAUCAUGUCCAGUGGAGAUAAGUCCAAAAGUUCUUCCCAGACCGACGGAAAGGCUGCUCAGAGCAAGAAGUCUGAGAUGGGAAUGAUGGCCUACAAGAUGUACGUGUUCGACCAGGAGAACUUCCAGGGUCGCAUGAUCGAGAUCAGCAACGAGUGCAUGAAUGUGUGUGAGAUGGGCAUGGACCGUGUGCGCUCCCUGCGCGUUGAGUGUGGACCCUUUGUGGGCUACGAGCAGAUGAACUUCUGCGGUGAGAUGUACAUCCUGGAGAAGGGAGAGUAUCCUCGCUGGGACUCCUGGAGCAACUGCCAGAAGAACGACUACCUGCUGUCCUUCAGGCCCGUCAGAAUGGACCCUGAGAAGCACAAGAUCUGCCUGUACGAGGUGGGAGAAUUCAAGGGCCGCAAGAUGGAGAUCAUGGAUGAUGACGUUCCCAGCCUGUUCUCCUACGGCUUCACCGACAGAGUGGGCAGCAUCAUUGUCAGCUGUGGAACCUGGGUGGGAUACCAGUUCCCUGGAUACCGUGGCAGCCAGUACCUGCUGGAGAAGGGCGACUUCAGGCACUUCAACGAGUAUGGCGCCCGCCAUCCUCAGUUCCAGUCCGUGAGGCGUAUCCGCGACAUGCAGUGGCACCAACAGGGCUGCUACACCAUGGCCAGCAAGUGAGGCUCAGGGAAGGAGAGAAAGAGAAAGAGUGGAAGUGAGGGAGAGGGGCGGAGGAAGAGGGAAAGGGGGAGAGAUGUCUGAGGCCUUACCUCAGUACCUCAAACGGUCUUUGAUCUAACGCAGUGAGGGGAAGAGUGAGGAUCUAGCUCUGUCCCUGAUUGGAGACAACACCUCAGUGGAAGGUCCAGCAGGACCACCCUCCAUUCCUCCCUGUCUCUUCUUUUCUCUUUCUCCCCUAUGGGCUGAGCUUUGCUUUCCCCCCUUUUCACCCUUUUUUAAUCCCUCACUUCAUUCCCCUCCACAGUCCUCUGGGACUCAAAAGAGGGAACACGACACCUCUUGCUGUUUUACACACUUGAUUCUCAGCUCAGGGUAUGAUGCACCAUGGGAAACUGAGUCCCUAGAGCCCCCUGCCCCCCCACGAUUUCUUGCCCUUGUGCAUUGCACACCCUCUCUGCUGUACAGAAUCCUGGCCAAGUUUUCAAUAAAAAGGAAAAUCUUGAUUUCAAA